AUGUAUGCGAUAAAUAAGGCAUACGGUCUGGAUGCACAUUUUGAUAAACUGUGGCGGCAAAUAAGCGAUAAUACCUAUCCGAAGUCGCUAGACAUCUACAAACACGCAAGCCAAGCAAAAUACCCCAUUGAGAAUGUCGCGAAACUGGAGAAGCUCAUGGACUCACUUUCCGUGACAUCCAAGUCUCAACCGUUACUGCAGACGGAAAGGCUUUUGAAAAUAAUUGCCGAAUACCCCGAUGAUGUGCUCAAUGCUGAUCCCACGCUGCCAGACGUGAAUGUUUUCAUGGCACACGUCGUAGACACUUCUUGGCUCGUAGCUGCUAAGGCUGCAGUCCAGACUCUCGGAGUUAUACUGAAUACGCUAUCAGAUGAUGUACUCUCCCUCAAUGACGAGAUGCUCUAUUGGGAUAGUGUUUUGGAGUCCCCCUGGUCACUUGGGCUCUACAUGCUCCAAAUCUCGCCAGUAGUGCUUUGGAACAGAUCCCGAAAAGUCUGGCACCAUGCUAACUCCAUGAACAAUUCCCGGACGUCCGGUCAACCCAGCUGGAUGCAAUUUUACGAAUCUGUUCGUCAGUGUGUCCUUCCCCAGAAUUUGCAUUUUUGGCGGGGAAGGAUGUUAUCACCACUCUCAACAGCGAAGUCAGAUGUACGGCAGAAGCAGAAGACAUUGAGUUCAUUGAAAGAUAUGAAUGCUUAUAGCAUAGGGAUCCUCAUAAGAAACAGUUUCUCAUGCGCAGUUGGCGACAAUUUCACAGGCGACAAUUCUACAGGUGACAAUAACCAUGGUAUGUUCACUGAGAGCUGGCAGAUCAACGUCCUUGAGAGUGUGGCCUUGAUGAAAUUGCUUCUCGAAGAUGCUGAAAAGGGAAGUGUCCCGUGGAAUCAUGAAGAGCACAUAAACAUGGCGAUCAAUCAAGAAGUCACGUCGAUGCGCAUGCAUUACUGCAGUGAUCUAUCAUCUGAGGGUCCGAGAUUUGUCAUGAACCAAUUGGGCUAUAUACUUGAACAGCUUCUACCGGCCUAUGCCAAAGCUUCAGCCACCACAAUCAACAACUCUGGACGCCCUCAUUACCUAGUACGUUUUUGGCUACCUUUGACCCUUGCACUAUUAUCGACAAGUACAUCACUGGAGCUGUUACGGAAUAGGCGCCAUGAGCUCUUGGAAUGGGUUGCCAACUUCGGUUCAACCACUAUCGAGUUUUGGAAUAACUGGGUUGUAGACCCACUUCGCAGGCUUAUCGGCACUAUAAGACAUGAUGAAAAGAGUGAAAUUGCAUUGAUGAGUAGAAACAGCUUGGAAGCCGAUCGAGCGAGUUUGGAAAGAAUGGUUGUGGACUUCGUUCUUGAUCGUUGUGAACCGAACAAGAAUGACUAUGAUGCUUUUGAUACCCAUGUCAUUGCUGCUAAAGUUCGGGAAGGUGACUUGACACCAGUGCUGAAAGCAUAUGAAAAUGACCUACGUAGUCCUUUUGUCGGGACCAUCAAGGGUGAUUUGGUGCGAGCACUUCUAAUACAGAUACAGAAAACAAAAGUAGAUGUUGAAAUUGCGAUAGGGGGAAUUGACGCUCUGUUGAAAAGCCAAGAGCUGGUUUUUGGGUUUAUUGGACUAACCCCAGGCUUAAUGGUGUCAUUUGCGACUCUUCGUUGGCUUUACGGCUUGCUGGGCAGUCGAAGGGGCUUCCGAAUGGGUAAGCAGCAGGACGAACUGAGACAUGCUCUCCGGAUUGUACAUCGGACUUUAACAUCAUCUGCCUCCACUCCUGGCAAUGCGCUGGCAUUUAGAGACUAUGGUCUCCUCAUAUGCAACGCCGAAGUCCUACUCUCAAAGGCGCGGAUCAUACUGAAAGGCGCGGAUCUCCGUUCAUUCCAGGAAGACAUCAAUGAAUUAGUCGAGCGGGAUACGAUUGACCGGCAACUAAAGGUUGUUGAACGAAUGGGUUGGGUCUACUCAAAAUGGAUUUGA